AUGAUUUCCUGCGCGUUUGUCGACAUGCAAAGCGCACGCGGUCUUUCGAAAUGGUAUUUUUAGAGAAGUAAGUCGCUGGCUACCAGCGACAACGGUAGUCAUUGCUCUUGAUCUCAAAUAAGCCGAAUACACGUAGCUAACUAAUCGGGUGACCAGUAAUAAAUAUUUCAGAUAGUUUCGUCGAAAAGUAGCUUCUAUUAUUUCCCAAAGUCCAAAGUUGUUGCAUUUCGUCAUCGACAAGAAUACUAUAUUAAGCGGAUAUGGGUGCUGCAAACACUAGUAAUAUUUUGCCAUCUUCUUCUGCAUCAUCGAUUCCUUUGAGAGCAAGGAACACUGAAAAUCCGAUCGAAGUUAACUUCGCCGAAGAUAAUAUUCUUCAUUGUGUUGAUGGUGCAAAUGAAGAUAGUUUGAGAUCUACGGGUUACAACGUUACUGGAGAACCUCGAGCACAGAUGGCUUACGUUACACGAACCACAGAUUGGAAAGCAGUUGGAGAAGCUAGCAAUUCUUCCUUGAGGUUACAGCAUCGCGAAAAUAUGGAGCUUUCACAGAUUAUUUUACAAUUAGCUAAGGCUAAUCAACAAUUGGCUAAUGCUCAUACCACAGCGUUGGCACAAUUGGAGGGGCUCUAUCUGGAAUUACAAAGGGAAAAAAAUUCACAGAAAUUAAUUUCCAAUAAUAGCGAAUUAACUUCGUCUAAUAUUCUUUCGAGGAAAAAACUUACGAGCCAGGAAACAAAAGGAGAGCCCGAAGAAGAGAAUGACUCGAGAAUAAAACUCGAACGUCGUAUCGAUAGGCUAGAAAGCGUUGUAUCUGAAAGAUCUAAUGUUUUUCGAAAUCAACAGAAAAAUAUCUUUCAGGAUAGAGUACCUCGCGUAGAAGUAGAUAAAUCUAAUGAAUCGCAUAGUUCAGAACAAUUUUCACGAAUUAAUCGAUAUUAUAGGGAACACUCAACUAAUUCUCAAGAAGGAGAAAUGACCGUACGGAAUAAUGAAAUUAGAGGGGUACCUUGUAAUACGAAUUCGGAUAAAAUCUUCGAGAAAAAGACGAGAUCGUACGAAAAACAUGAUCAGGGCCACGCCGAAAGAUUGACUGACGACGAAAUGAUUCAAUUAUUCGAAGAAUUACGUGCACUUAAGGCUGACAAAGUCGAAUAUCAAAAUACGAACGAAAGAUUAAAUGCGAAUAUCGCGGAACAAAAAAAAUAUACUGAAAAGUUAUGUAAGGAUUAUGAGAUCUUGAGAGAGCAAUGCGAACAUUUAGAAUGCAGCUUAAAAGAACGUAGAAAUCAGCAUGAGAAGCUUCUAAAAGACUUCGAUUUAUCUAAAAACGAAAUGGAAAACAUGGUGAAGGAAAUAACCUCGUUUCAGUCAGAAAAAGACACUGCCGAAGCUCGGAUCUCAAGUUUAGAAGGAGAAUUGAAAAGGGUUAUUACAGAGAAUGAACAGAUUAAAGAUAUGGAGAAUGAGAAAGUUGGGAAUUUGAAGGCACAGCUAGUCGAGGAAAUAUCUGAUAAAAAGAAACAUAUGAAGACUUUGGAAGAAGCACUGAACGAGAUUCAAAGACUGAAGGAAGCUAUGAAGACUGAUAUGAAAAAUACUGAGGAGACUAUUGCAAAAGAUGAUAUUGACUCUACACAAUCGAACGAGAUUUCUGAAGAUUCUACGACAGAUCGUACUAUCGGUAUGGAUUUAUUCAAGAAAGAAUUAAUAUUGAAGAGAGAAGCAAGACAGAGAGCUAUUGCUGCAGUAUCAUCUGAAAUGGAAAGACUUAGGCAAGAAUUAGAAGCAGAAAAGGAAGCUCAUUCUGAGACAUCUAGGGUCCUUGAUCUCUUGAGAUCAACUCAAUCUAGUCAUCAGAAUGAUAAUACUGUGAUUUGUGAUAAUAGAAGUAAUAAGAGAUCUAAAUCUAUCGAUGAAGAUUCGGAUGACAAUGAAAUAUUGCUUAGACGUAUCGAGGUUCAACGACUCAGUAGUAUUUUAAAGGUUUCUGAUGAAUUACGAAACAAUAUUCGUUUCCAAAUAGAGAAGGUGGAUGAUCUUCGAUAUCAACUCGAAAGUGAACCCGAACAACACCGAUAUAUCAUUCGUUGUUUAACCGACGUUACGAACAAGACGAGAGAUACUUUGAACACGCGUGAACAUCGUGCUAAUGAAUUGAAAGAUUAUUUAGCACGUAAUCUGGCACGAUUAAAUGACAGAACUUUUUUGGAUACCGAUGACGUUAGUGCAGAAUGUGAACGUCAAUUGGAAAGUAUCAACAGUUUGAAGAGUUUGUACAAUGAAAGAUUAAGAGUAAUAACUGAAUUAAAGGAUACCGCUAUUAAAGAACUUAUCGAUGUUAAGGAAAACCUGAAACAUUCCUCAAAGGAGCGCGAAGGUUUAGAAGAAGAUCUCAGAAAAGCAGAAGAGAAGAUUGACGCCCAAGAUACUGAGAUCUCAAACCUAGAAUCUCAAUUAGGUUUAACCAAAGCAGACUGUAGAGAUCUUCAAAAUCAAAUGUCGCUAAUCAACAGUUUGUUCACUCAAAUGCUUUUGGGAGCUUCUUCCGCUGACAUGGACUUGGAUAGAUUAUCACAAUUAUUACAGGAAAAUCGUGAUCUCAUAACUGACAUAGCAAGAGAUAAUUGCACAGAGGCUGCAGCACUUCCAAAACUCUUGUUAGAUUUGGUAGAACAAGUUGAUGGUAAUAAAGGAUUACAAAAACGUAACGAGGAUGAUCAACAGCAUGAAGAAAUAGCUCAUAACUUACCAAAGGUAUGGCGCGUUUUGUUGGAGUUGUUAAGUUGUCACGCUGCUGCUUCACAAAAUGCAUCGGCAACGUCUUCUUCGGAUUCCAACAGUUGUUAUAAAUCUGUUGACACACCUAGUGGCCCAAAAUUGGUGAUAUCUGUUAGUAAAACUUAUAUUCACUUGAAGGAAUUAAUUCUGGAAAAGAAACAUUUGGAAAAAGAAAUGAAUCGAAUGAAACAAUUGAACACGCAUUUGGAAAGCAAACUAGGAGAACAGGAAAAAAGACUUUCGGAUGUAACUGCUGAAUUAAGCAAAACAUGGAACAUUGUUGGUCGAAUGCAAGCUCAACAUCAGCAAUUGCAUACACACGAGAAAAUCCUUAGAUACGAGUUACAACAAAAACGAAAAAUGUUACAAGAAUUGAAAUUGGAAUUGGAAUAUUGCAGAGAAAAGUGGGAAUCAGCGAGACAGAAAAAUACUAACACUGAAUUAGAAUGGCGAAGUUUACGUCGUGAAUUUGCUGCAAGGAAAAUGCUUUCUGUACACGAUUCCGUCAAUAACAGUGCUGAGAGUGGCUUCAGCGAUGAACGAGGUGACGAUACCGACGAGGAAGAUGAAACUGUUGAAGACAGGGUCCGAAUGGGUCUAACAAGAAGAACCAGAAAGGAAAGUCCGAAAACUUCAACGAUGUCAACUGUAGAAUUGGAACAACCUGUCGAUAUUGGAUUACCAGAAGCGAGUUCUUCCAUUGCUUUAACAACGCAAGUACCUGUAGCAGAAAAAGAGACUGAAUUUGAUGAGAUUAAGAUUGUGGAUACAACAUCAUCGGUAGAGCCUACAAAUACUCAAGAAUCAGAUCUCGUCUCAGAAGUUUUACAACAACCUUUGGAUCCCUUAGAUCAAGCCUUAACUACUGUAAUAAGAAAUCUUAUAAGAAUAGACGAUGAUACGGAAUCAAGUAGCGAUGAAUUUAAUUCUAGAGAAAAUAUUUCAUUGCCAUUUAUGCGUUUUGUUGAUAACGUAAGGUCGGAAAAUAAUCAUCAGGAUAAUAACAACGACCCAUCGAUUCGGACGGAUUGUCCUAGUAAUAAUGAAACGAAAGAGAAUAGAGAUAUUCAAUCGUGCUGUUCUACAUCUGAUUCAAAUAUAUUGGAGAUUUGUAACAAUAUCAAAGCUGACGAAGAAAUAUCAUCAACUAGUAAUUCAAAGUUAGGCUUAGAAGAUAUUUCCAAUACUCAAGAAAAUUCUUAUUCUAUCGAGGAAUCGAUAAUAAUUGAAAAUAUAUCUAAUGAUAAUACUAGAUUAAAUGCAUCUAGUUCCACGCCAAUAUUUUCUAUUGGACCAUUUCCUGUAGCUAGAAAUAAUUCACCCAAUCAACUUUUUACACCAGCCCUAAAAAAUGAUUCAAAUGAAAUAAACUCGACAACAGAUAAUUCAUCUAUAACGAAUAUUAACGAAGAUGAAUCAUUGAAAUCAGUAGAUAAUUCUAACGAGACUGAUAAUAACUCGAUGAUGAAUUUCAACUCAAAAGAUUCUGAGAACGUGCUAAAAGAAUCAAAACCAGAGUUAGAUUUGGCUAACACACCUGAACGAGUUUUGAUUGCGCGAGCUGACAGAUUAAAACGUUUGGAAGAACAAGCCCAGUGGCUAAUGAACAAAAUGAAUGCUACUAGUAGAAGAGGUUCUGCUCUUAGUACGAGGUUGGAAGUUCUUCAUGAAACUUAUGGUGAACCAUCGGCUCCAGUUCCAGACGUUAUUCAAAAUCGACAUUUAAGAUCAUCUUCUUUGUCUAGUCUUUCUCAAGCUACCACGUCAUCGAAUACUACAGAUAAUGUCCAAACGUCAAGUGAAGAUAAAAAUAUUGAUACAUCGGCCGAUGAUAAAACGUCAACAUAAUUCUGUAAACAAAUGUAGAGUAUAUAAAUUAUUACUUUACUCUAUUGUUUAUAAUUUUGUAAUCUAUUUUUUACCAAUGCUUGUAUUAAGCAUUAAUAAGAUUGUUAUAUUAUCUAUUGUUUCUAUUUAUAUAUAAAUAAGAAUGAAAUGUACAGAUUUAUUCACAUGUAAUGUCACCAAGGAUGUAUCGUAUAUAUGUAAUCUAACAAUUAUAAUAAA